GUUUUCAGUAACGUUUCGGUGGUGCUGUGAGAAGGAUCGCCAGAACCAUGGGCAACAUGAAUCUCUGCUCAAACAUCAAGUUCCACGGCUACUUGAUCGUAGUGUUUUCGGCGCUGCUCACGGUCAGCGUUCUGAUUAGCUCGGUGACGCUGAAGCUGCUCUACCCGAACCGUCAGGAUGUGGAUAUUCCAAACGAUUUUCAAGAUCUGAUCGAUUACGGAUGGUUCGACUUUACCGGUGAUGUUGUGCAUCUGAUCUCGAUCGGAGUUCUCUGCUAUGGCAUUAGAAAGGAAAAUCGCUUCUGUCUCAUCCCGUUCAUGCUGUCGAUCGUGUUCGACUGGAUUGCGUAUCUGAUCGCCAACACACGCAACGGUUCCGCAAUGCCCUAUCAAGUGUGGUUGGUGACAACAGCUCUAUUCCUGUACGUAUUUGUCACACUGAUUGGACUGUACAAGCUCUUUCAGCUGAAGCUUAAGGAAGGCACCGACCGGUCGGAUGAGUUUAACAAAACGAUGUGCCUGUGACGCUGGUGUG